UGGUGUGCGAAGUUUCCCAGACUGAGGACGCAAUGGCGGCGCAGUGGUCUAUUGGUGUGGCCGAGGCUACGCGUACGGCUACAGCGUCGGGCUCGAAGACGGCGAACAAAGUUCCCAAAGAGCUUCUGUCGCUGGAUCCGAAGCUGCAGACCGAGUUUCAGAAGCGGGUGGCGAGUGUCCGCAAGCGUGGAGCUAGUAAGCCAGAGAAACUGACUCCUGGAGUGGUAUAUUUGGGUCACCUUCCCAGAGGCCUUUAUGAACCUCAACUCAAGGAAUACUUCACUCAAUUUGGAACUGUCAAAAGACUUAGGCUCUCCCGAAGUAAAAAGACUGGAAAUAGUAAGGGCUAUGGAUUUCUGGAGUUUGAAUCUGAUGAUGUUGCUAAGAUUGUUGCUGAUACAAUGAACAACUACCUUUUUUGUGAAAGGCUAUUGAAGUGUCAUUUUGUGCCACCUGAAAAAGUACAUGAAGAACUUUUCAAAGGCUGUGACAUUCCAUUUUCAAAGCCCUCUCAUCCAGCAGUAAAACGCUAUAACAAGGAACGAACAUAUGAAGAAAAGAUAAGAAUGGAGAAGCGAUUUAAAAAGAAAGAAAAUAAGCUCCGAAAGAGAUUAGCUGAAAAGGGAAUAGAUUAUACAUUUCCUAAAUUAGUUUUACAGAACAGGAGAAAAAAGAAGGUUGCAGGGACUACUCUUCAGAAGUCUGUUGAUAAUGAGGGUCCCACAGCCAUUUGUUCACCAACAUUUUUAGAGAGGCGGAAAGCUCAAGCAGCUGAAAUGAAUGAUGAUGAAGUAGAUAAUGAAAUUGUACUUAAACUACCACCAAUUGUUAACAAGAAAGUAACACCAUUGACUCAGACUCCACCAAGUUCAAGAAGAAAAAAGGCAAAGAACAAUAAAGGAUUGUCCUGAAUAUGGCAUCUGCCCAGGGAACUUGGGUUUUGUUAUUAGAACCUAUUCUUGUAUAUGAUGGCAGUUCUGAGUAGUUCUUCUUAACCAUUUGUUAAUUGUUAAUUUUGUGGGGGAAAUCUUUUGUAAAAUUCUUCCAUUUACCAAUAUAGAUAAUGCUAACUGACUACUUUUGCUUUAAUAAUGUUUGAAAAAAUUAUUUUACUUUUAUGAAAGGAAGUAAAAUUACUUUUGUAUUUA